CGCUGGGCCAAUAAGCAAGGUGCGCAAGGACGUCCGGAUGGAGGUAUGGGCGGAGUCCAGUAUGCUUGAUACGCUGAGCCAGCUAAUUUCGUUCUACUCGGACGAGAGCGAGAGCGAGAGGCGGCUCGAGUACGAGGAGUACUAUUUCGAGGCAUUGAUUGAGCGGGCGGCGUACCUACGACGACGCGCAGCAGAAGCGCACGAUGGGCGAAGAGGCACAGCGCGUGGCGUGGGACCUGGCAUCGAACGGCAAGUCGCAGGCGGCGUUUGAGCACUUGAUCGAGCUGGCUGACAGCAGCAAUGAGGACGGCAAUCUGCGCGGGCUGAUUGACGGGUACUUGGAGCUAUUCCCGACUGGCAAGCUGGUAAAGUCAGCACAGCUAUGGACUCAGACCGAGGACGGCGUGGCAGGCGAGGAUGUGAUUGAAGCGGCGCAGCAGGGCCGCGAGGCAGCCAGCGACUCGCCGUUCGCGCAGGUGCUGCUGGUGCGGCUGGCAGUCAAGAGCAAGAUGUUCAGGCUGGCGGCAGAUAGUGGGGUUGCGUCGCGCCCGGUGCUUAGCGGGUUCUGCAAAAGCUACGGCGUCAGUUUGCCAAACAGCCAGCUGGUGGUUGACCUGGGUGUUGCCGAUGCAUACAUGGGUCUGGGGCUCGAGGAUGUGAGCGAGGCCGAGAGGCUGUAUCGCCAGUGCCUUGAAGCUGCUCCGGGCAACGCACGGGCAGUACUCGGGCUUGGCCUUUCGCUGUGCUCGCUGGGGCACUUUGAUGAGAGCAAGCAGCUCCUGCAGUCGGCGCUGGUGAAUGAUCCCAAUAACCACUUGGCGCUAGGCGGACUUGGACGUGUUUUGAUGGCUGAGGGUGACAUGCCUGGCGCUGUUGAGUACUUCACCAAGGCGAUCUCCAUUGACAGCAACUACGCGGACCACUACAUCUAUCUCGGCGACACAUACUGGAAUCUGGGCGGCGAGUACCAGGAAGACAAGCAGUUUGCAUACAGCAGCUGGAUUAGCGCAGCAAAGAUCGAUCCGAAUGCGUCGCAAGCAUUCUGCGGGCUGGGGCAGUGGUACCAGCAGUUCGGGCACGACGAGAGCCGGGCCAAGAGGUGCUUUGCUAAGGCAUUCCAGCUGAACAACGCCGACAGCGAGGCUGGGCAGGCGCUGGCGCAGAUCUACCUGUCCGAGGGCAGCGACGACUUGUGUGAGGCGAUGCUAGUCAAGGCAACCGGAUUCGCAGUACAACCAAAAGUGGGCGUGGAAGCUGCUUGGGGUUCCUGCGGCUGCAGCAGAACCAAAGCGAGCAGGCGAUAGUCGCGUUCCGCAAUGCGCUGACGAUGGAUCGCACGGAUCGGCUGUGCUGGGAAGGUCUGUGCGAGGGAUACAUGGCAAUCGGGCGGCUGGACUACGUGCAUCAAGGUGGCACGCAAGGUGAUUG